AUGAAAUUCUCAAAACUAUUCGGAGGCCUUCUCUCUCUCGCUAGCGUUGUCCAUGCGGUUCCUACUCCCUCUGGUGGGCUUGGGACUAAUGGAAGCGAACCUUAUUAUCACCCUUUGAGCGACUUCGACUUCCAGUCUAUCAACUUGGCGCUUAAUCAGGAGUGGAUUGAGCUCGACCUCUUCCACCACGGCCUCGCGAAAUUCUCAGUGGAAGAAUUUGAAGCUGCCGGACUGAACGCAGAAGACCGAUACCUCAUUCAAUUUAUGGCCGAGCAAGAAGUCGGGCACGCGGAACUGCUCACCAAUAUUCUCGGACCCAGGGCAGCGAAGCAGUGUACGUACCAAUAUCCGUUCGAAACUGUGCGCGAGUUCGUCGACUUCUGCCAGAAGCUCACGCGCUUUGGUGAAUCUGGUGUGUAUGGAUUCCUGGAGCACCUGAACUCGCGCGAUGCGGCGCAGUUGUUGCUGCAGUCUAUCACGACAGAGGCGAGGCAGCAAAUGAUCUUUAGGCAGUUUGAGGGAUUGUUCCCGAUGCCUGUGUGGUUCGAGACAGGUAUUUCCCAGUCGAUGGCGUGGACGCUCCUCGCACCCUACCUUGUCACCUGCCCCGCUGAAAACCCGCGCAUUGAGUGGACAAACUUCCCCGCUCUCAACAUUAUCAACAACCCCGAUGCUACUCCUCUGUACAAUACAUCUAUCAUUGGCAACAACACCACCCCCGCGAUCACCCACAACCGCAGCGAACCCCUCUCCUACCCUGGACGCGAAGUCUUCUUGACGUGGGAUGCUCCCGGCCAGAUUGUCAGCUACAACAACAGCUACGUGACGAACACAACAGCCGGUGCUCCCGCCUAUGUCGCCUGGAUUUCCCAGCUCAACGUCACCUACACGGAGCUCUUCAAUAUCAAGGGACGUAGCGGACAGACCAUCCAGCCCAGCGGUAACGUGUAUGGCGAUAACACGGCGCCUAUCGUCAAUGGUACCAUGUUUAUCGCUGUCACCGAUACAAAUGUCCCCAUCUCACCCGCCAAUGUGUCGAUGCUGAACGACCACAUCGUCGCGGGCCCUGCUCUGUACCAGUCUGGUUAA